AGGAUACCGUAAAAAUUUAUUCUUUUCUGACGCAUAUUCGGAAUCCGAUCGAGGAAAGUGCUGUGGUUCGUUGUUAGGAAGUGGCGUGAUGUGAUAAAACAGUUAUGGUUGUAUAUGGUUAUGUCAUGUUGGACAAUAAGAAUUAUUCUGAAACCAUACCAUAGCCCAAUUUAAUUGUAAAUAGUAAAGAAAGAAAAGGGCACGAUGGACGACGCCAGAAUUCCGACGAAUGUUUCGCGGCAGUAUUUAAUGGUCGGUGCUGAACAAGAAACUUCUACAAGACAAAUUAAAAGGACACCAUCUGAGGAAGACAGGAUAGUCUCUUACAGAGAAUGGGCAACAGUCGGCGUCUUAUGUUUCGUCAACCUAAUCAACUAUAUGGAUCGUUUUACAGUGGCUGGUAUCUUGUCCGAUAUAAAGACGGAUUUUGGUAUUGGAAAUGACAAGUCUGGGUUAUUACAAACAGCAUUUAUCAUUAGCUAUAUGAUAUUUGCACCAUUAUUUGGAUAUCUUGGUGAUAGAUAUAAUCGAAAAAUUAUUAUGAGCUUCGGAGUAUUUCUCUGGUGCUUGACAACAUUUAUUGGCUCGUAUAUGAAAACAUAUGAGUGGUUCCUGGUAUUCAGAGCAUUUGUUGGAAUCGGAGAAGCCAGUUAUUCGACAAUUGCUCCAACAAUUAUUAGUGAUCUAUUUGUUAAAGACGUUCGUUCCAAAAUGCUGGCACUGUUCUAUUUUGCUAUUCCUGUUGGAAGUGGCUUAGGAUAUAUAACAGGUAGUAAAACUGCUAUUGCCACUGGAGCAUGGCAAUGGGGUUUAAGAGUUACCCCGGCACUGGGAAUUAUUGCUAUUUUCCUAUUGUUAUUUGUUGUUCGGGAUCCAAUCCGCGGUGAGAAGGAGGGUGGAAAACAUUUACAUAGUACUUCAUGGAUCAACGACAUUAAAGCACUCACAAAGAAUCCGAGUUUUAUGCUCUCUACUGCAGGAUUUACUUGUGUAGCUUUCGUAGCAGGUGCUCUAUCGUGGUGGGGAACAAUCUUUAUCCAGCUAGGAUUGAAGUUGCAAUCUGAUGGCCAAGCCAUUAAUGAUGAAGAGGUAUCCUACAAGUUCGGUCUCAUUGGAAUGGCGUCUGGUAUAAUCGGUGUUUUAUUAGGAUCUUUUAUGGCAACAAAACUUCGAAUUUCUUCACAACAAGCAGAUCCAUUAAUUUGUGCAAUUGGGCUAUUAAUUAGCGCGCCCAUUAUUUUCUUUGCAACACUUACUGCCAGCACGAAUUCCAUAGCCUGUUACACGCUUAUAUUCUUUGGCCAGGUGGCUCUUAAUCUCAACUGGUCCAUAGUAGCUGACAUGUUGCUAUAUGUAGUCAUUCCAACAAGAAGAUCGACUGCGGAAGCUUUUCAAAUUCUAGUAGCACAUGCUCUCGGUGAUGCAGGAAGUCCUUACCUGAUAGGAGUAAUAUCCGAACUUCUAAAGACAAGAUUAGCACCUGAUCUGACGACGAAUCCUCAUCAGAACCAAAACACUAGUCUUGAUAUCAUCGUGAACGACCCGGUUGUCGAAUUUCGAAGUCUUCAGUACGCAAUCUUCCUGACGAUCUUCGUCGAGGUUCUUGGCAGCCUUUUCUUCUUCCUCACAGCCCUUUACAUACAAAGGGAUAAAGCUCUCGCUGAUCUCACCAUCGCCGGUGAAAACAACUCGGACACGUCACUAUUGAGUGACGACGAAAACGAAUCACAGAAUUCAACGGUUAAGCCUUGACUGAACGCAAUGUAAUUCUUGCACUUAGAUUAGUCAUUAGAUAUUUUUCUUUUCCCUUGUCUGUAAUCCUUUUUCUAUUCUUAAUUUUUCGAUAUAGUUUGGUUUCUUUUUAAUUCUUUGCCACCUAUGUACACCUUGGAGCUCGUGUAGAGAUUAUAUUUAGACAAUGGAGCCCAACAGGCGUUUUUUAGCCACCAGUAUUUAAAAAUUAUUAUCCUAUGUAGGAAGUGGCUAAGAAAAAACUAUCAAUUAUUUUUCUACUGUGACUCUCAAAGUGUCGUGUCAUUGUUUCUGCAUUUUUUCCACUGUUUGGUGACUUUGUUCUGUCUAUCAUUUAACACUCCUUGUAGUCGAUUGAAAAUUGUUAAGCACUUUGAGAAUUGAUCUAGGAUCACCCUUGAAACAGUAAAUUGUGUACAGGGCGAAAGUAGGGAAAUAAAAAGUGAAUUCAAAGUAGAUUAAGAAUUUUUUGAAAUAAAGCGUCUCGAGCAGUUUAUUGAACUUCUAAUUAUUUCAUUUGAAAUAUGAAAAUUUCGGGUACGACGCUGUUGCUCAUGUAACUUAAUUUGUUACUCGGAUCAACCGGGUAAUAGGGACUAGCAGUUAAUAGUUUUUUUGCAUUGCAAUUAUGAGUAUCGUGUAAUCAUCGCGGAUGAUUGUAUUUAUACUGGUUGUGUUGUUGCACUGGGUUAAUACGUCUACUUUCGGUGCGCAUACUUAGCUAGACUGAAAGAUUUAUCUAGACUUUUGCCUUAUCAAAAUGUAUUAUAGAUACUUGGUCGAAAUUAUUUAUUACCAUAAAUUCGCUUUAAGAUGGAAAUUGUAACAUUUUGGCCUUGUAUCAAGGAAAUAAACAUAUGAAGUUUUUUUUAACGUA